UUUUUUUUUAAUUAUUUUGAUGCUUUAAAUAAGAUAUUUUGUUGGGUCAUGUAUGUACUGUAUAAAAAGAAAAAGCUUAACAGGCUGUUAUGAAACUAUAUAUAUUUGCUUUUGAUUAAUGGGAUUUUUUUUUUCUCUUCUUCCAUUCUUCUCUUCUGGACUAGGUAUUACCUUUGCAAGGCAAUUAUAUGUAUUGUUAUUACACUAUUGAAAUAAUAAAUAAAUUAAUGUCAGAUUUAACUUACAUUUAAACAACUCUCAUUUAACAUUUGUUUGAGUGCUGCUCUUUGAUAUAAAUAAUGGGGAAAAAAUUAUUAUAAUAUAUUUGUAAGGUUGUGGUUUGUCCCACUCAUAAAUAGAUUGUCUACUCCUGGGCUUAUACUGUACUUGUAAAUUUCUGGAAAGAUAAAUAUUUAAGGUGCAACUGUAACACCCACAGAGCUAACUGUACUAAAUUCUUGUGCUGAAUCAAUAGCACAUAUGUAAUAACCUAAUCAGCUGAUCUGUAUCACAUGAAUUGUUAUGUGUGCCUUUAAUUAUACCAUACGUACAGUUAAUCAGAACCAUUAUUUAUUAUUAUCUGUCUAAACCAUUUAAUAUAUUUUUACAGACACGGCCAGAGCACUGAGAGUUAUCAGGUAUUGAUGUAACUGGAGUGGAUAAGGGAACCUUCUUCCUGAGCACCGACAUUGGAGCCUGUUAUCAGCAUGAACUCAUAUGUGUUAGACAAUCACUUGAAUAGUUCAUAUCCAUCCUUCAAUACAGAAAGCAUCAGAAUGAUUCCACAAACUCCAAAAGUCUCAGACACCAAUGACUAUUCACAAACAUUGGGGAUAUCACAGCAGAUUUUUAAAGGAGAUGGAGAAUUGGCAGGAACUGGGCAGCAAUCAUUAUGUACAGAGAGUAAUUUAGUCAUCAAACAAGAGGAUAACAUUUAUGACUUAUCUAGUGAAAUGAUUAUCCCAGAGGAUAAACCACACACAUUUAUGGAGUUUUCAAAACAUAUUAAAGAAGAGAAAAGUCUACAGUCUAGCCAAAUGAUUCAAACAAAUGAGAAACCAUUUGAAUGUACAGAAUGUGAGAAAAACUUCAGAUGUAAUUUGCAUCUCCUUGAACACCACACAGUUCACACAGCUGUGAAACCUCACACGUGUACAGAAUGUGGGAGAUGUUUCACAUCUAAAGGAAGCUUUAUGUAUCACAAAAAGACCCACACAGUGGAGAAACCUUUCACAUGUAGAAAAUGUGAGAGAUGUUUCACGUCUAAAAGAAGCCUUAUGUUUCACAAAGAGACCCACACAGGGGAGAAAACUUUCACAUGUAAUGAGUGUGGAAAAAGUUUUACACAAAAGAGUAAUCUGAAAACUCAUGAAAGGAGACACACAGGAGAAAGGCCUUUCACAUGUACAGAGUGUGGGAAAUGUUUUAUACUAAAAACAAAUCUGAAAACUCAUGAAAGGAUUCACACAGGAGAAAACUGUUUCAUAUGUACAGAGUGUGGAAAAAGUUAUACACAAAUGGAUCAUCUGAAACGUCAUAAAAGGAGUCACACAGGAGAAAAACCUUUCACAUGUACAGAGUGUGGAAAAGGAUUUGCACAUAUAAGUCCUCUGAAACGUCAUAAAAUGAUUCACACAGGAGAAAAACCUUUCACAUGUACAGAGUGUGGAAAAGGAUUUACAGAAAAGAGUGAUCUGAAAAUUCAUGAAAGGAUUCACACAGGAGAAAAGCCUUUCACAUGUGCAGAGUGUGGAAAAAGGUUUACACGAAUAGAUAAUCUGAAAGCUCAUGAAAGGAGUCACACAGGGGCAAAGCCUUUUACAUGUAAAGAGUGUGGAAAAUGUUUUACUGGAAAGAAUAGUCUGAAAACUCAUGAAAGGAUUCACACAGGAGAAAAGCCUUUCAAAUGUACAGAAUGUAUAAAAAGUUUUACACAAAUAAAUCAUCUGAAAAAUCAUGAAAGGAGUCACACAGGAGAAAAGCCUUUCACAUGUACAGAGUGUGGAAAAUGUUUUACACUAAAGAGUUCUCUGAAACAUCAUGAAAGGAUUCACACAGGAGAAAAACCUUUAACAUGUUUAGAAAGUUGAAAAAGGUAUCCCGUGCCAGUCAGGUAUCACAAAAACACCAAAUAUUUAUACAUAAAAUAAACUUUAUAUGCACUGUGUGGAAAACUUUUAAAAAUGUAUCCUAAAGAGGACAAACUCUCUAAAUAGAAUAGUCAAAAAAGAUCAUACUGUAAAUAAUACUUACUAAAUCCCAGUUACAAAAUAUCCAUAUUGGAAGUGCUCUCCUGCUGUCCUUUGUUGCUCUAUAUAUGUGCACCUCAGUUUCUCUCAUAUCAAUGUGAUAGAAUCCAAACACCACACAGGAAUAUACAGAUCUGUCCUCAUUCUGACCAGUUUACACAACCACUCAUCACCAAAGCUACCCCAGUGUUGUUUAUUAAUGUUAGUGUUAGGAGUUGUACGUUUGAUUUACAUAGGGGAGGAAAUAAUUACAUUUACAGAAUAAAGAGUCUUUAUAUGAAUAGAGUGUUAGAAAAUUAUAUAAACAAGAACAUCAGUCUCAAAUGAUGGGCGAUAAUUUUAAUGUGGAUAAACCUUUUCUUAUAGCAAUAGAUGCUUAGCAUUGUACAUGUUAUAUACUAGAGGAAUUACUGACAGGAAAAUGAUUUUAUUUAAAGAGACACAAUGGGCUAGAUUACAAGUGAAGUGCUAAUUUAUCACGCGCCCAUAAACGGGCAAAUUUUCUUCUUAAAUGGAAAGAGUCCACAGCAGCAUUCAUUACUUUUGGGAAAUAAGAACCUGGCCACCAGGAGGAGGCAAAGACACCCCAACCAAAGGCUUAAAUACUCCUCCCACUCCCUUUAUCCCUCAGUCAUUCUUUGCCUUUCCUCUCAGGAGGAUGGCAGAGACGUGUCAGAAUUUUAAUUUUAAUUUUUUAUCUCUUAUGGAGGGUAGUACUCUUUGGCAUGGGAUGGGAGUUUUAAGUAGUGCUAUUAGUCUCUCAGUGAGGACCUGGAUGAAAGUUAGAGUCCGCUUCGCUGCCUGCUUUCUUCUCUCAAGUCCAUGGCGGAGGCGAUGCUACUAUUUGUCACACUUGAAAUGCCGUGUUCCUGUUCCACGGCGUUGAUUCCGGUAAGAUCGUUUCAUUUUACUUUAUGCAAUGUACUGUAUUGUGAUGUUUCCCUUGAGGCUAAAAGCUCCUCACGGGUUUAACUGUUAACAAAGGGGGCUCAGUGAGUCUCUGUUAGAUCUUGGAAUCGAGGGCUAAUAUAUCCUGAGGGGGGUUAUUGGACAGGGGGGUUUAUAAUCAGGUUUCUUAUGUGAUUCAACCUGCUUUUGUGUGAGGAUUUUGGGCUCAUAAUUCGGAACUUUGAGGCUUUUGGAAGUGAUGCCGCCUUUCGGCUGGACACGCUUUUUGGACUAUACGGUUCACCUUGUGUCCAGGUGUGGUUACGCUCUGUUCCCAUUUACGCAUUCCCGACCGUGUGGCAACUGAAGAAAUUCUAGUUUGCGGGGGUCUGGUCAUAGGAGGUGGUGAGUGCCCCAGCCAUUGGUGGUGUCAGGUGCUGUUUUUGUUAUUACUGAAUAGUCUAUAUUGUUAUCCCUUCCUAAAGCUAUGGGGGAUUCUGAUGCUGAGCCUGUGAUCAUUUCAGAUUCAGUUACGGAGGAUUCGGAUUCUGACACAAUUGUAAUAUCUGACUCUGAUUCGAUGUCUGGUGACGAAUCCGAUUUAGCCUCUUUGACUUCUGUCAACCAUUCUUGUUCCAUUUGCCAUGUGAGAGCACCCGGUUCCAUGGGCUUGGGGAAUCAGGGGUCUGCUGAGCCAUCCGCCUCUGGGGGUCCUGUCUCCCAAGGAGCGAGUUCCCUACCUAAUGUUCCUCUUACAUAUGCAGGUAACCAAUGUUUAUAGUUCUCCCAUGCAGCGUGGUGUGUUCCCCCCGGAACUUGCAGCACGCUUUCGCCUUCAGAUAAUGUUGACGAUGGCUCAGCUACACAGUCCAGACGUUUCUUUAAGAAUGUGCUUGUGCCCUUUUGUCUUGGAUAUUCCUCCCCCCUGGGGUGGGUCACCGCAGUAUCCUGAUGGUUCUGUUCAGGAGUGUUGUGCAUUUCGGUACCUGAUUGCACUCCUUCGCGUGUUGCUCAGACAUCUGUUUGAGUCACUGAAUGACCCUAUAGUACAUAGAUAUGGUAAUUUUCAGUCCGAUGGUCCGAAUGUUACUAAAGUUAGAGGUAAUCUCCUAUUGUCUUUAUUUGAGUUUCUUUCCCAGUUGUGAUAUGGGGCUUCGUUUGGCUGGUCCGACGGGUAGGCCGUGUCCUUUUUUGGAUGUUAACCCUCGGGUUGCCUUAUAUUUUAUUUAUAUCCAAUGGAUGUAUUUUAUUUGUUUUUGUUUCCUUCGGGAACCAUCUGGGAUUGAUACUCUUGGUUACUUGUUGGACAUGUUAGUCCUAUGUUUAAAAUGUCUGUUUUCCUUUUCCCCUAUGUGGAAGAGUUUAUGCAACUUGCUGGUUAGGACCCUUAGUACGGGCUGGCCCUCUUUGGGUUCUUCCGGUCUUGCGGCUGCUCAGACACGUGGCGCUGUUUUGACUGUGGUUUGGUGGCAGCGCUGAUUGCUCAGCUUAUCAUGUUUUUCAUGUUCCACUGCAGCAUCCCAGACUAAUCCGAGGGUUCCUGAGGCGGGAAGGAUUUAACCGCCAGCUGUAGUAGCCUGAUAGUUACCUUAGCUGCCUUGCAAGCAGAAGGUUUGUAGUUUGAAACCAGCUGCAGCUAUUUGCACCCUUACCGGUUCUUUUCUUUUACAUCCUUGCUUGCAGGUUGAUGGGAAGAUGUUUUCCUGUCUCCUUGUCUGGAUCAUCCGGUUUUUCACUUCAUGUGCCGUGGCCUUAUUCGGUUUGGAUCCAUUUUGUCUCCGUUAGCUGGGUCUUCACUCACUUGAGGUGUUUUCUGUCGUAUUAAAGGAACCUUUUGGUUUCUGCGGUUCCUUGACUUGCCCCUGGGGGCUUAGGGUGGUUGGAGGAACUGUUCAUCAGGGUGACGGUAUCUCUUGGAGGACUGUUGACUCAGUCAAGUCCACUUGUGGUCUCUUGUUUAGCUCUGGAUUGACUGCGAGUCAAUGUAAACUGGGCUUUUCUUACAAUUUUUCUUUAAAUUUUUCUCGACUUGGGUUGUGGUUCAGUUCUGGUGCCCUCAGUUUGGGCCGCCUAUGUACACUCCCGUCUUGGCAUUCAGUGUCCUCUUUAGCUUGGGUAUAGAUUUCCCAAAAGUAAUGAAUGCUGCUGUGGACUCUUUAUAUUUAAUAAGAAAAACAUAAAUUAUGGUUACCUGAUAAUUUCAUUUACUUCUGAUGGAAAGAGUCCACAGCACCCCACCCAUAAUCUUCUGUUGGGCGUCCUUGUAUUCUUCUGGCACCUUUUCACCCUGAUGUUUCUUCUACUGUUCCUUGUUCCUCGGCAGAAUGACUGGGGGAUGAGGGGAGUGGGAGGAGUAUUUAAGUCUUUGGCUGGGGUGUCUUUGCCUCCUCCUGGUGGCCAGGUUCUUAUUUCCUAAAAGUAAUGAAAGCUGCUGUGGACUCUUUCCAUCAGAAGAAAAUGAAAUUAUCAGGUAAGCAUAAUUUAUGUUUUCCCAUUUGUGGGUGUGCAAUAAGUAAUCAGCCAUUACAUGUGGCUGAUUUUUUUUCUACCUUGAGCUUGUGAUAACAAUUAGCGCUUAUAAAAUAAACAAGAGAUCAGAUCUCUGGUUACUUUUAUAAAUGUCCACAAAAUGUCCCUAAAUUUAAGUGUUAGUUUUCAUUAAAGAAAAAACAAACAAAAAAAAUGCACUUUUUGGGAGAUAAAGUCGGCAACUGUGAGGUGUUAAAAAAAAUUGUGGUCUAUGGGAACUGUGUGUUCUCUGUAAAUAUAUGUACAGUAUAUGCUUAUAUACAUAUAUAUUUAAAUUUGCUGCCAUUGUUUGUUCUCAUGCUGUGUCUAACGGCAUGAGAAUGAGGCUCCCAUUGGAGCAUAUGGAAGUGCGCUCUCAUUUUGCGCUCCAUUUAUAAUCAAGCCCAAUAUCAGUAACUGGUAAAUUUGUGAUCAUAUGUAAAGCAACAAGUCCUCCAG